AUGGAAGGAGAGAGCAGCGUCGUUCCACCGGGUUUCAGGUUUCAUCCCACAGAAGAAGAGCUGGUGGGCUACUACCUUGCUAGAAAGGUAGCUUCUCAAGAGAUUGAUUUAGAUAUCAUUCACGAUGUCGAUCUUUAUCAAAUAGAACCUUGGGAUAUUCAAGAUAAGUGCAAGCAUGGAGUACAUGAGGAGCAAAAAGAAUGGUACUUUAGCUUCAAGGAUAGGAAGUAUCCAAGUGGGACGAGGACGAAUAGAGCUACUUCAGUUGGAUUUUGGAAGGCAGCCGGUCGAGACAAGCCGGUGUUAUCGAAGUUUAGGGUAAUAGGGAUGCGCAAAACGCUUGUCUUCUACAAGGGAAGAGCACCAAAUGGGAAGAAAACCGAUUGGAUCAUCCAUGAAUAUCGUCUUCAAUCCAAUGAAAAUGACCCAACUCAGGAAGAAGGAUGGGUUGUUUGUAGAGCAUUCAAGAAGCCAAACCCCAAUCAAAGGCCUAAUUUGGACAAUUUCGGGCACAAUUACUAUCAAGGGAGCAUUGAGGAGUCUCUUCAGAUCUUCAGAGUUCGUCUUCAUUGGAGGUCAUCAUCAUUCAUCGAAACCAGCGCUCAUCUUUGCAGAUCUCAGACAAGAUCAAAUUUGGCGCCAUGUGUGGGAAAUAUUCACCUGGAUCUGAGACUACGGAGAUGGAGGAAGCUGGUAAACACAACACCAUCACUAUAUCGCAGGAUAAUCUGGAGUUACUCAUCAAUGCCAGAGUACAAAAGAUACUGCAACAACAACAACAAGUAUACUGGUGACACAUUGCCUGUAGUUCCACCUCCGGUAAUGUCUGUAACCUCUCAUCACUGA